UUUUCCUGUCCUGCCUAGCGCCUGGGGGGUGAUGCAUGCAGCCGGCCACGUGGAUGUAGAUGUAUAGAAGGUACAAGAAGAACCGAUCAUAUCCAUGAUAGAUACACAGCUUGGCGGCCUGUAUGGAUACGAUUUGACAUGGAAAUGCGACCUAAAGUGUCUAAUAAGGUUGAUGUUACAAAGAAGAACAGUCUCAGAAAGUCGAUUCACGAGUUCAUCAGUGAAACAUUGAAGAAGGAUGAAAUUCUAGACUCAGAUUGGGAUACACUACUGGACUUCGUUGAACAGUCUGUGAAGAUCUGUCGUGAUGUGCUUGUCAGCUCUUCUCGUAACACAGCUGUGACAGUUCCCAAUUAUACACACGGCUUUGUGUUAUGGCUGGUUCAGUCACUCCUUACUGCUAUCACAAAAGCCACUAGCAGACUCUUACAAAGCAGUAUCAGCAAUUGUCUGCACAUCAUGUUUAAUAUAACUAAGUCUCGUGAUAACCCAAUGUUCUGCUAUUUGCUGAAGAAAACUGUUCAUUUCUUGACAGACUUGGCAGAGCUAUACAAAGUAGCAAGUGCUCAAGAAGUGUUCGAAUACCCGGUAUUGAUGUCACACUUUGAGUAUGCACCCACUAAGGAUGAGAUUGAGGUAAUUUUGAGAAGCACAGAUUGUAUUCACCCCCGUCCGGGCAUGGUGGAGCUGCACAACCUCCCCCAUCUUAGUGCAUUGCUAAGGCACUCGCUGCUAUCCCUAGAGGCAUUCAGCAGUGAAUUGGUGAUGUUCUGUCCAGGAGUCACUGACAAGGUCUAUUCCGCUCUCUGUUCCGUCCUAAAGUUUGGAGACCUUGAAGUCAAAGAGGUUGGACUUUGUUUGUUGGAAAAGCUUGUAAAGAGCUGCGUAUUUUCAAGUUUAGCCGGCAUGGACAACGUUCUGUGGACUCUCAUUGCAUUGGUUAAUCUUUGCACAAAACUUCUUUCUGAAGACCAUUGGAUCAUUGAAGCGGAGUUUCAGCAGAAACUGGUGUCCUGUCUACGUUUGUUUUUUUGUGCCUCGGAUGGUGAACAGCUCUCUGUACUGAGAUUUUGGGACCAUCUCUCUUCCUCCCUCAUUCUCCUGCUCACAUCAAGCAGCUACUCACUGGCCCAUCCAGAUUUGCAGUUAUGUUUGGGUGAGUUGUUGCACAAGUGCUGUCUGAUGAAUCCGCCCCUGCCCAGUUUUUCUUGUGAAACAAUUGUGGACAGAACAGGCCAUGUCAACAACAUGCAGCCUCUAGUACCCACCCUGUGUCACCUUGUCAGACAAGAGAUCUCAAGCAAGAACACUAAAAAGUGCCCCGGGGAACAAAGUCAAGGAGGAGAUUGUGCAAAAUCAGAUGCUUCAAAAUUAAAAUCGUGUGGUUUUCAUAUUCGUCAAAGAGCUGUGUAUCUUGCCAGACAGAUAGUUGACCUCUCACUGGGACAACUGAACGCUGAACAUCUUGUGUGUUGGCUUGAAGGGCUGCGUGCUGUAGUGGACAUCCACUCCCGACUAGAGCCAGGAGUUUGGUGGAGUGCUAGUGAUGUUGAUUGCUUCUGCCGUUGCUGGGAGCGCAGUGUGAAUCAUGCCUUGUUUCUGAAUGAUAGUGUAUUUGACACCACUUUCUAUCAGGGACUGAGCUUUGUGGACAAGGUCCUCUCAGUCAUUAUAGACAGUAUUGGGGCUAUUUUCUUCUCCGCAGGUCUCCUAAAGCUCACAGACGCAGUUACUAAUCGACUUGUGUCACUGAUUGUCCUGCCUUGGCCACAGGAGCAACAGGAAGGUGUCAACUCAUCCCUUAUAGAUACUCAACUUCUCAGGGAUUCUCUAUACCUGCGCCCUGAACAGAAGGAUGCUCCUCAUUGUAAAAGCAGUAGCCUGUUCGCUGUUGCUGCACUGCCUCGCAAUCAGAAUGAGCUGAAGCUCAGUUGCUUUAAGUCGGUACUGAGUGAUGGCAAUGGUGUGCUGUCGAGCCUUGUGAAAGCACUUCCAUUACUCUUUGAUUCUCUGCCACUGGACAAUGCUGCUAAUAUCCUCGAAAUGCUUUCCAGUGCAAAUGACUUCAAAGAUCCCAAUGUCCAGUCCAUGUAUAUAAAUGAGGUACCAGCAAUGUUGUUGACUCUCUCGCAAUCUCAGCUAUCAAGCUCUUCUUAUAAGGGUGGUCCUACCACAGGAUUUUGCCAUCCUGUUCACUAUGAUUUCAGACUUGAUGUCUGUCCAUGUGAAUGUACUGUGAGCAAACAACUACUGGAAUGGGUAGUGCAGCCAGUGUUAGGGGUGUCAGAGCCAUGGCUUCUCAGAGCCCUGUUGAAGUGUUUGUUCAAAGUCAAGUCCUUGUUUGUACUAGUUGACUCCAGUUUGAUUGACCGGCUCUUCCUAAAGCUCUUCACGCAUUAUGAUCCAUCUGUCUUGGCUGUAAUAAGCUCUAGUAUCGAGCAACUUUUCUGCACAGGGGACAACUCGUCGAGCACAGAGGAGACAGAACAGCACCCUGUCAUCUUGAGACUCAAGGAGGCCUAUCAGCAGGGAGGACACGGCAAUGUGAAGCUGCAGGAAUUCACAGUUACGGCAUUUGGACAGAUUUGCAGAUUCUCCAAAGACAACUUGUUCACAACUUGCCUGCUGGCACUUCUCAAAUUUUACCUGGAGCCCAGCAUGGCCGUAAAGUCAGCAGCAUAUGUCCAGAUUCAGAGACUUGCCGAGUUCCUGAAGCUCCCUGCUAAGAAGCUCCUCUCUCGCCACAAGGAGUCCAUAUGUAGACUUAUUGUGAGCUUGAUCCACGAAAGUAAGCAAACCACUACUCCAAAGAAACAGAGCAUACUCUACCAGAUGGCAAAAUUGUUUCAAGUCGAACUCAGCAAAUUUUUUAAGAUCACUGAGGAUGUUAUGGUUCCACUCCUUGUUUGCCGAGCUACUAGUGCAUCAUUAUCUGCUUUAAAAGUGAUGGCAGCUCACCUCGAAAUCAAUACGGGAAGUUUAGUGGUGGACUGUUUUAUGCACAUUUUCCUACACAUGAUCCAGAGAGGUGGUCAAAAAGAGCUGCAAACGGUGUCUAGUUUUCUCAAGUCCACAUUUGAGUUUGAAAUGACGGAUCUCCUGCGAAGUGCGUCCAAGAAUAUUCUUAACCUGUUAGUGCUGCACCUGAGUACACACAGGGAAAGAAUGCUGUCAGGAGUUCAGAUGUUAGCUGAGAUAGAACCUGGGACAAAGACCAACAGCAUCCAGUACUUGGAACCACAUUUACUAGGUGUGAUCGCAUACUUCAACAUCACUCUAGUUCGAGUGGAUGUUUUUGAAAACAGCAGCUUCUCUCUGGGAGUCUUGGCUUUAGAGAGCUUGAUUGAAUUGAUGGAGCUAAUGGGAGCUAAGCACAUCACUGAUGUCAAAAUGAAGAUAAUUACUAUGCUUAGGCAUUGCUUGACUUUCAAAGAUAGUGAACUGAUUUGCGUCACUCUGAGGGCAUGGAACUCAUUUAUUCACUGCGUUGAGCUGAACUCUUUAGGACCUCUACUCGGUCAGAUUGUUGUUGCUCUCUCGCCUUUCGUCAAGCAGUAUCCUCAAGCGGUUUCAACCAUAUUCAACUUCUUAAUUGUAGAGAAUAGGACCGUGUUGUCCCCAUUCUUCAAUGAGAUUUAUCUCUUACCUGAGACUCCAGAGAUGGCUGAAGUUAGCUUAGUACUAAAGGAGCACUCAGAAACUCCUCGGAGUCUUCAUGAGCAAUUACGCCACCUUCUGAAAGGAGUUGCCCAAGAACGUUCAGAUAUAACAAGAGAUGCUCUCAAGAGCCUUCAUUCCCUCCUCAAAAGUAGCAAGGUUGAGCUUCAGAAAUACAUGGUUGGCAGUGACACUGUUGAUCCGAUCAUAACUGAAAUUAUAAGAACUAUGCUGCUAAGUCUACGUGGAGCUGAUGUUGAGUUGAGAGAGCAGUACGGCAAGUGCUUUGGGGAAUUGGGUGCCAUUGACCCUGGCAAGCUGGACAUUCCAAUAGCUCGUGAAACUCGUGUGGUGAAGUAUUAUGAGGUUGAUGGUGACUUUGUUGUUGACCUUCUGGGUGAGCUUUCAAGAGCCUAUCUAGCUGCUUCGAAUACCCGAUCACAGGAUUGCUGUGCAUUUGCUAUUCAAGAAAUCUUAAAGUUAUUUGACUGCAAAAGCAUUGAACGUGGAAGUGAAGGAGCUCGAAUUUGGGAACGGCUGACAGAAGAAUGUCAGGAAGUGUUGCGACCUCAUCUUAAUUCUAACUACUCCGCAAAUUUACCUGAUCUUCGACAAGUAACACACCCUAUAUUCAAGUUGUCAAAGAAAGCCAGCUACCACAUUUGGCUCCAUAAGUGGAGUUCGUAUCUAGUCCACAAGCUCCAAGAGGGUAUUCCCAGGAGUGUAUUUUCUCCUUGCAGUAUUAUUUUUCAGCAUGAUAAAUCUAUAGCACAGUAUCUUCUUCCAUACAUUCUUACCUGUUUGCUGACAACAUGCUCAAGUGAUGUCAGUAGGAAGGUGUUGGGAGAAAUGAUGGCAGUUCUAAAAAGUUGUGUGAGCAACCAUGACAUUCUGGCUGAUCAUGCAGAUUUCACGAACAUGUGUGCCCAAACAAUCUUCUCUCUUCUUGACCAUCUUACUGCGUGGGCUAGUGCUAAAAAUAAGGCACAUGCUGUGAGGAAGGCCAAAGCUUUACCGAUGAAAGGAAACCAUGAAGAAGUAGAGAAAGUAUCUUCAUUUCUUGACAGAGUACCGAAAGAAAACCUGGCACAUGCAGCCUUCAGGUGUCAGGCCUACACUAGAGCACUCAUGUAUCUGGAGCUCCACUUGCAGGAAGACAGCACCUGUUUGAGGGAUAACCUAGGAUUCUUACUGAAAGUGUAUGUGUCGCUUGGAGAUUCAGACAGUAUAGCUGGAGCUGCUGUACUACGUACUGCAGAUCCAGAGCUUAGUGAGCUUACACUCCAGUACGAGUGUACAGGUAAUUAUCGUGAUGCUGCUGCCUGUUAUGAGAAAGUCAUUCAGACCGACCGAGACAAUAUUUCCAGUCAUGAGGGUUUACUUCGCUGCAUGAUAAGACAAGGAGAGUUCGCCUCUGCUCUAAUGCACGUCAAGGGUCUGCAAGCCAGCAAGCCAGUAUGGAUGAAAAGAUUGAAUUCAUAUCGUGUGGAAGCUGCUUGGAAUCUUGGGCAGUGGGACAUAUUGCAAGAACAUCUAAGCAUGGAGAUGACAGGGAGCAAGAAUUGGAAUGUGAAUUUAGGCAGGCUGCUCUUAACAGCAAAACACAAGGAUGUCAAGACAUUCUUGUCUCGUUUAUCCAAAGUUCGUAUGGAGCAGAUGGGCCCUCUGUGCACUGCUAGUCUGGAGCAGGGUUCAUAUCAGAGAGCGUAUGAGUACAUUGUUAGGUUGCACAUGCUUCAAGAGCUGGAGGAGGGUGUCAUGCAUUUCAUUGUCAAUAAGGACAGUGUAAGCCCGGGUGAAGAAAUGUUUAUCAAAAAUUGGGAAGCAAGGUUUCAGCUUCUUCAAGAAUCAUUUCGUACUCAAGAACCAAUUUUGAGUUUGCGUAGAGUUAUACUGGGAAUUGAAUCAAAAAAUGAUUUACCAGUCGGAAAGUAUUGGCUACGUAGUGCUAGUAUAGCAAGAAGAGAUGGCUACUUGCAAACUGCUCUGAGCUUCCUGUUAAACGCUAGAGACUACUCCUUGCCUGAGUACUACAUGGAAAGAGCUGAGUAUGAGAACACUCAAGUGUCAUCUUAUGAGGCUCUACAUGGCCUCCAGAAAUCUGUCAGUGAGAAGUGGCCAGAUGUUUCCACUCCUUUUGCUGGUACUGGGGAUAAAACACAUGCAGAAGCACUGCUGUUAAUUGGAAAAUGGAUGGAAGACACUGCACAUUGUGAUACACAAACUGUAUUAAAGCAGUACAAGAAUGUUAUCACUGUAAUGCCCGAAUUUGAAGAUGGACAUUUUUAUCUCGGGAAGUACUACGAUCGGCUAAUGACUGUACUUGCAAGUCAUAGGCCAAGAAAAUCUGGGGAAUUUCUACUGUUUAUCGUUCGUCACUACGGAAACACACUGCAAUACGGCAGCAAAUUUUUAUAUCAGUGUAUGCCCAGGUUGCUCACACUCUGGCUAGACUUCGGAUCUAAUGUUCCAGAUCAAGGUAAAAAGAGUCAGGAGCGAAAUGCAAUGAAGAUAACUCUUGCGCAACUAAAUGAGCUCAUAAAGACCAACAGAGAUCGACUUCCUCCCUACCAGUUCCUUAUUGCUUUUCCCCAACUUAUAUCCCGAAUCUGCCAUCCCAACACGGAUGUCUUUGCUCACCUGGAGACAAUUGUGCUCAAGCUUCUAAAGUAUUUUCCUCAGCAAGCAUUGUGGAUGAUGGUUGCAGUCAGCAAGUCUACCCAUGCCGAUCGGAAGAGUAGAUGUGAUAUGAUUCUCACAAAAGCAAAGAAAGAGCUACCUUUAAUUGGGAAGUUGAUUGACGACAUGUUAAAGCUGAGUGACAGGUUGCUUGAGCUGUGUAACAAACACAUUGACACCGGCAAGAACACGAUGGACAGGGUUUGUAGAAAUCUACCACGACUUAUCAGUAAUAGCAAGUUCAGCUCAAUCAUGGUCCCUCUUCAAUCGUCACUGACAGUUACUCUGCCGGGAAGCUAUUGUGAAUCUUAUGAGCAUGAUCCAUUUCCUGGAGAUCAGCCUACUAUUGUUCAGUUUGAAGACCAGUUUGAAGUGUUAGCCUCUCUUCAACGACCCAAGAAGAUAACUGUUAUUGCGAAUGAUGGGAAAUCAUAUAUUCUGUUGUGUAAACCCAAGGAUGAUCUAAGAAAGGAUGCUCGCUUGAUGGAAUUUAAUACUGUUGUUAACAAGUGCCUGCGUAAGGAUCAGAACAGUCGUCAGCGUCAACUCCAUAUUCGCACAUAUGCUGUAGUUCCACUCAAUGAAGAGUGUGGCUUGCUUGAAUGGGUCCCAAACACUAUUGGCCUACGCAACAUUCUUAGCAAAUUGUAUCAAGAGAAGGGCACGCACUUACCUGGUCGAGAGCUGAAGGAAAUAUAUAAAGAUGCUGGGAAAGACCCAAAGAAAUUGAAGGAACUGUUCCUGAAAAAGUUGCUGCCUAAGCAUCCUGCUGUGUUUGGAGAGUGGUUUCUCAGAACAUUUCCAGAUCCGACUUCGUGGUAUUCCAGUCGACAAAGCUAUGCCCAUACUGCUGCUGUCAUGUCUAUAGUGGGGUACGUUCUUGGUCUUGGUGAUCGCCACGGUGAGAACAUCUUGUUUGACUCUACUUCUGGUGACUGCGUCCAUGUUGAUUUCAAUUGUCUUUUCAACCGAGGAGAAACAUUUGAUGUUCCUGAAGUCGUUCCUUUUCGGUUAACACACAAUAUGGUCCAUGGGAUGGGCGUGACUGGAUAUGAAGGAAUGUUUAGAAAGUCUUGUGAAACUACAAUGAAAGUCCUUCGGCAAGAAUGUGAUGCGUUAAUGUGUGUGCUAAAAACCUUCAUUCACGACCCGCUGGUGGAAUGGGAGAAAGUAAAAGGGCGCAUGUCGUCUGAUUCAGCAAGUGACAAGCCUCUCAAAAUUAUCCAAGACAUUGAAGAUAGAUUGAAUGGAAAGUAUUCUCAGAAGACAAAAGGUCUACCGUUGUCAGUCGAGGGACAAGUGGAUGCUCUUAUCAAGGAGGCCACUGACGUGGACAACCUGAGUAGGAUGUAUGUUGGUUGGGCACCUUUCAUGUAGCUAAAGCUGCAAACAUUAUCUGACUUCAUAAUCUUAUAUCUAUACAUGACUUCGAUCAUAGAUGUCUGUUUCUAUGUUUGUUAACAGCAUUGCUUUUAUGAUCAAGUCUCUUAUUAUGUGAGA